CGUAACGGACCCGCCAGUCGUGUGCCGCGUCGUCGUUUCGGCGUUCGUCGUAUUGUAUACCAGUCGUGUUUUCGCGCGUCAUCUCGUCGCACCGUUCCAUAAUUGUUAUUGUUAUUAUUAUUUACUCGCCGCGUUAACGCAACAAUCGUAAUUGUUAUAUUAUUAUUCCAUAAAUUAGUAUUGUAUAGUACACGUAAACAAACGGUUUCGAACAGAAAAAAUAAAAAAAAAAUAAAAAAAAAGCAAAAGAAAAACGUGUUUUUCAUUACACGCACACGCGCGCCCGCGUUAUGUACCACCAUAACAUAUUAUAAUAUUUCGCAUUAUAAUCUUAAUCUCUUCUUCGGCUCACGUGACUGUGACGGUGUUUGUUUCCGAAAGAGUUUUUAUCGCGUCGUCGUCGUCGUCGUCGUGGUUUUCACGCGAUCCCGGUGCGGUCGCGGUGGUGCGAAAAAAAAAAAAAAAAUGACCAUGACGUAAACCGCCCGCGGUGGUAGCGAUCGACGGCCAAAGAAAGCGAAAAGCACAAACGUUUAUAAACAUAAAAAUAACUAACACCGCCGCUGCUCAUCACACGUCAAUCGCAGCGUUCCGUCCGUUCUCCUCCUGCGUCCACGGCGGCGGCGUCCGCUUAAGGGAUGUCGUACUACAAGGACCGUCUGGGGUUCGACCCGGACGAGCAGCCGACGGCCAACGGUGACGAGGCGACGUUCCGCAAGUCGAAACGCGGCUACGAGGAGAACCUGUGCAAGUUCAAAGAUGAAAGAGACGCCAUACAAAAGAAAACGUUUACGAAAUGGGUGAACAAGCAUUUAAAAAAGCAUUGGAAAUACUCGAAGACAUACACAUGUUUGCAGGCGUGCUCUAACUCUAGUUGUUCUUGUGCAAACCGCCAUGUUGGGGAUUUGUUCAUAGAUUUGCAAGAUGGCCUGAAUCUAAUAUCAUUACUAGAAGUUUUGUCUGGAGAUCAAUUGCCAAGAGAAAGAGGCAAACUCAGAUUUCACAUGCUUCAGAAUGUUCAAAUGGCAUUAGAGUACUUGCGUUUCAAAAAAAUCAAACUUGUAAAUAUUCGUGCUGAAGAUAUUGUCGAUGGCAACCCUAAACUCACACUGGGCCUCAUAUGGACGAUUAUACUUCAUUUCCAGAUAUCUGACAUCGUGGUCGGCGAAGAACCAAAUGUAUCGGCGCGUGACGCAUUAUUGAAAUGGGCUCGGAAAUCCACAUCAAAAUAUCCAGGUGUACGAGUGUCAGACUUCACGUCUUCUUGGCGAGAUGGUAUGGCAUUCAAUGCAAUUAUACACAGAAACAG